ACCCCAAAGGCGCCAUCGUCGUGACGUCCCCCCCCCUCACCCCUCACCAAGAUGGCGAUCUUCAGCGUCUACAUUGUCAACAAGGCGGGGGGCCUCAUCUUCCAGUACGACAACUACGCCCCGAAGACCGAGGUGGAGAAAACCUUCAGCUACCCCCUCGAUCUGGUGCUGAAGGUGCACGACGAGAAGAUAGUCGUCGCCUUCGGCCAGAGGGACGGCAUUAGAGUGGGGCACGCGGUUCUGGCCGUGAAUGGCCUCGACGCGGUGGGACGCACGCUGCCGGAUGGCCGAGAUGUCCUUGCGGUGAUCAACAACCCUGACAGUUACCCCUUGAACCUGCGCUUCGGUCGCCCGCGCCUCUCCUCCAAUGAGAAGCUCAUGCUCGCCUCCAUGUUCCACUCACUAUAUGCUAUUGGGUCUCAGCUGUCUCCUGAGCUCAAGAGCACUGGCAUAGAAGUCCUGGAGACCGACACAUUCAAGCUGCACUGCUACCAAACUCUUACGGGAACCAAGUUCAUGGUGCUCUGUGAACCCCGGCAAGCAGGGAUGGACGCUUUGCUGAGGAAAGUGUACGAGUUGUAUGCGGACUACGCCCUCAAGAACCCCUUCUACUCCCUAGAGAUGCCCAUACGGUGCGAGCUCUUCGACCAGAACUUGAAGGCCGCCUUGGAAGCCGCUGAGAAAGUGGGCACGGCAGGGCCGGGUAUAUGACUUUGAGCCGCACGCGACGACAUCACAACUCCCCUGACCCUGUUCUCUCCCUAUGGAGUCUCGCCACGCCCCGGGUUGCCGGAAUUUCAUUUUUCGUGCUAGGAUUUCCAUGUAAAUUUACACGACGUGACAUCGCAAUAUUAGUUUUCCUUCUAAGUUUAUAAUUGUACUUUGCGUUUCUAUACUUUCAGUACGAAUAAAGGUAAAAAAAGUAAUUCGACUGCAGUUCGCUGUCUGUAAUACAUCUUCUAAUCAUAGCAAAUUUACAAUCUGUACGAUGUGUCUGUUGUAGUAUCACCAUAUCGCGGCUAUCCUACACCGACGCCCCAACCCCUUGUACUGAUCUCACGGGCUAACUUUGGGCAAUGUAAUUAUUAUAUACAUGUAUAAAUGUUUGCCAGUUAACAAACACGUUUUUAUUUAUGUAUUUUUGUUGGUCCCUUGAAUAAAUUACUUCUGUUUCAGAUGUUU